CUUAAUCGAUCUGCAUAUCUACUAUCUACUUCCGUUUUUUAAAUAGGACUUUUCAACAUAUUAGUACACAAUCUAUGGCCUAGUUGAUGAAGAAGUCGAAUUUUGAAGAACCUUGGAAUAUGCACGAACAGCUAAACGAUGCCAAAGAAAUUUCUUCGGCAGUCAACCGAAAGGUUCGAGUGAAAGGCAUUACCGAAAUAGCAUCCGAAGAUGCCAUUCUGUACUAUUUCGAGAAUAGAAGGCGUUCUGGUGGCGGGGAUGUCAAAGACAUUGUCUUUAACUAUGAGGAGGAUAUAGCUGAAAUCAUUUUCGAAAACGCAGAAGAUGCAAUUGCAGUUACCAAAAAGGAUCAUACAAUAAGUGGCAAACAAGUGGAAGUUACGCUAUGUACCGUUCCAAACAAACGACCUUUGUACGAUGAUAAAGUUCUAAUCAAGGGACUGAAAGAGGAAAUAUCUGACGAAUGCCUUAUAUACUUUCUGGAGGCAAAAGCGGGAAUAAAGACUAAAACUCUUGCGUAUCAUAAAGAAAUAGAAGAUGUUGUUUUAGUGACCUCAUACUCUCAGAUAGAUUUCACCAGACUGAAGAACGGAAACCAGAAGUUCAUUCUCGAAGGGGCUACAAUAGAAUUUUUCCAGUUGAAGUAACCGACUGUAUUUAUGUUGAGCAUUUACCAAAGGACGUGUCUGAAGAUUUUGUUGAGAUCUAUUUCGACAACACGAAACGGAGCAAUGGGGGCCCUGUGCGACAUGUUGAACUGUUUGCUGGUUGCAACUCGUGUCUUGUUUGUUUUGAUGAUUACGCUGUUGUAGACAGUGUUUUGGAGAAGAAGCAUCGACUGAGCGACCAGAUUUUAGAAGUACGAAAAUUUUACGAAUGUGUUCGUUCGCCAGAAGAAGAGAACAUAACUGUUUCACCGACGAUUGUCAUUUGUGAAAUUAAUAUUGAAAAGUUGAAAUUUGUACAGGAGACACACGCCUACAAAACAAAGCUUGAAAAUAAAUUAGAUACUUGCCAUGCGAAGACCGAUUGGUCAGAACUUGACGGAGAAAGACAUGUUUUAAAAAUAAACUGUACGGCAGAUACCAAAUCUUUGAAGUCUAACAGAUUUCAGAUCAGAUGGAGACAAAGAGUAAAGCAGAUAUUUGAAAAAGUAAUGGAUAAAAUUGGUGUCUACAAAAAACAACUGAAAAGCCCAGAGGUAAAGAUAUGUUUGGAAACAAUACGAAAUAUUAAUGGUGCAGCAGAUAUACAGUGCGAUUUUGACGAGGAAAAAGGGAUGGUUAUUAUUGUUGGGAAUUCAUCUGUUGUGAAUCUAGCGUCCAAAUACAUAGAUGUAAUAAUUACUGCUCAUGAACAAGGAAUUGAGUACACAAAGCUUAGAGUUGUUUUCUCUAGUGAAGCAGAGAUCAAUCUGAUUAAAAAGCUAGAGAAAUUUACUCAGCUGAAAAUGGAUUUUCCAGACGUGAAGGUUCAUAUAGAUAUGAAUGAAUGCAUUGUCGAACUGGAGGGUAGUGCCAAUGAAGUAAGCGGUGCUAAGAUGAUUUUAUGUGAUGCGAAAAAUGCGUUGAUCACAGUAUUUAGCGACACUCUACCAAGUUUGUCAGCUAAGCUGUAUACAUUGCCACAAACCAUUGAUUUUAUUUCUGAGGGGCUGAAGAGAAAAAACCUAAUAGCAAGCUGGUGUGUGAGUGAUCAGAGACUGAUUAUUUGUUGCCCUUUCAAAGAAGUGCUUGACAAGACAGUAAAUACCAUUAGGUCGGCGGUUGUUCAAAAUGAUAUUUUGACAAGUCCCGAAUCAGCUUCAGUAACAAAGACAGAUAUUUGGUCAGAGAAAAUGAAGGAAUGGGAUGAGAUGUGUCAUGGACGAGUAAUUGUUUCACUUGAUGAUUCGGAUACUGGUUCAAAAAAGAUAGAAGUUUAUGCAACGGCGGACUUGGCUCCAAAGCUGUCCGAUGAUAUAGCUGGAAUCCUGGCUAAAGAGUCAGAAAAGUCAGAAGAGAAAAAAGAACCAGACUACAGCUUGGGGUCCGAGGAAGACUCUCAGGCUGUGACGACAACUAUUCUAGUAUCUAAUCUACCCGCAGAUAUUACAGAGGAGUUUCUCAAACAUUUCUUUGAAGAUAGGUCACAUGAAACGGAAAACGUUUUGGAGGUUAAGAUCAACUCGAAAAAUAAUAAGGCUAAUGUGAAGUUCAAAGACAACAAUGCCGUAGAAUAUGUUUUAAGAAGAAAACAUAAAUUGUGUGGGAAAGGUUUGAAAGUUCAGCGUUGCCAUGGCCUCCCAGACAUGACUGCAGGAAAUUUUGUAAGCCCAGCCUUAGUAACCAGCGACAAAGGAGAUGUUGAGAAGAAAUACCAAUCAUUCGGCGAAAGCUUAGAAGAUGGUAGCCCGCACUUAUACAGAGAAACGCAAAGACUACUAGCCAGGCUUACUAAGGAUACGUUUCGAACAGUUGUUCCCCAGAUACAAGCUCUUCCAAUAAAAUCGGAAACUGAAUUGAAGGAAGUUGUUGAUAUAAUUUUUGAAAAGGCAAUUAGUGAUGAUCAGAGCCGCUGUGUUGUUUAUGCCAAUCUGUGCCGAUGUUUGUCAAUGAUUAAAGUGCCGUCGGACUCCAAAUCGGGAGAAAUGGUGAAUUUUCGUGCUUUAAUAUUAUCAUUAUGUCAGAAAGAAUUUGAGAAGCCAUCAGAACUGUCAGACGGAGAUGGAUGGACAGAUGACCAGUUGAGACGACCGAUAAACCGUAGAAAACAAAGGUCGUUAGGAAAUAUUCGGUUGUUUGGAGAACUGUUUAAAUUAAACAUGUUGACCGAGAAUAUUAUGCAUGACUGUGUAUUCAAACUAUUAACCCUCAAAAAUCUAGAUGAUCUCGAAGGAGUAUGUACACUUCUUACAACCAUAGGCAAAAAAUUAGAUGUCGAGAAAGCAAAGCCAAGGAUGGAUCAAUAUUUUCGACAUAUGGCAAAUAUGGUAAACAACAAGACUAUACCGCCAUAUAUCAGGAUUAUAUUGAAAGAUGUCAUUGACUUAAGAAUG